CCACACUCGGAUCUACUACAACCAUCCGCGACUCCUCACGGUCUGAUUCCACCGUCAAUAAUUACCGACCGCGUUAACAUUAUAAUCAAGGGUCAGUUGCUCGUAUAAUCAAAUCGGGUUGUACUCCAUCUCCGGUUCUUGACUCUGGUUCCACCAUGACGUCCAACACUACUACCAAAGUCACCUCCCUGGAUUCGCAAUCCGAUGGCCCGUCGGUGCCACACCCGACGCCGGCGACUGAACCUAUAGGUAGUCCCUACGAGCCUGUCGACCCUCCUCCGGAGAUGGAUUACACGGCUGUCGCCAAAAUCCUUGCUCCUAUCCAGGAAUCACUCAACGAGGCCGCCAUGGAGGCAGCUUUCCCAUCCCCACCCAUCAACACGCCUGUAUACGGCUCUCCGGCUCCAUCCGUAGCGUAUCGUUACCCAUUGACGCGCGGUCGCAGCUUCAGUUUAAUUGGCGAUAGACUCGUGCAGCUGAAGCUCAAUGACCGCAAGCUCCGCAAUCGCGAAGGAGACGUGGGCUCGAGCAACUACUCGCCCGAGGCAUCCAUCGCCGAGGACGAAGAGGCCGAUAUUGCGAGCAUCUCCGAGGUGCUGAGUGACAGUGGUAGGGACAAGCAAGGUUCCGGGCAAAUUCGCUCCCCCGCCGUGAACCCGCGCAUCGUCGAGUACCUGACUUUCACCUCUGAUGACCUGCCCACGAAUUCGGUCGCUCCUUGCUUUCCCUCUACGCUCAUGAAGACGAGCACUGGGUCUCUCAAGACUGUCAUCGAAGGAAGCGACCAGGCUAGCGAAAAGAGCAACGGUGUCACUGAAAAGAGCAACUGGGCUGAAGAGGUCGAAGAGGCUGUCGAUCGCACUUGUCUCCGCCUUGAGCAGCUGGCUGAUGACGAGUGGAAGAAGGACAACAGUAAGACCUUCGCCGAAUACUAUGUCGCUCGCCUCGAGCGCCUGCUCGGCAGCAACAAGCGGGUCGUUCCUGUCAGCAUCAAGAAGAGCCAGGAUGCAAGCGAGUAGGCCGUCGGAAAGUUUCAGCUUACGAGAUUCUCAUGAGUAUGAACAUGACUCAUAAAAGGUGACGGCGUUCACGGUACGGGUAAUGCUUUAGAUGGCUUUCACGGUCUUAACGAUUCGGUAUCUCGGCAACGGCGACCAUGGUUCUUUAUACCCAUCAUUUCCUUCGUUCAUGACUUACAAGUUUACGAUGAUGGUUUCUUCGAUAGCAGGCUCAAUAGUGGGGCCUGGCAUAGCAGUA